UACAUUUCCUGUCGCUGUCAUUGCCUAUUAUAAGUGUCUACAAUCUACAUUCUAAAUAAACCAUAUCGUGUUUAAUAAUUCCUAUUAGAAUUUUUCUCAUAUUUUCCUACUAUAUUGUUUGUUCCUGUUGUAACAUUUCGAAUAUAUUUGGUCAGAAUGACAAUGGGCGAUGAGUUGCCCGUCACCUCUUUGGUUUUACCAGUUCUCAUACGUCCUGUUUUAACCCAGUUAGAAAAAUAUGAUUUGGGGGCUUCACAAACAUUACGAGCUGCUCUUACAAAGGCUGAAGCUGCCUUGCCAGGUCUUAACUAUGACUUGGUUGCUGGAAUUAUGAGAAGAGCUGAUAUUCCUGUUAAUAUGAAUGAAAGCUUACUACGUCUUCAAGGAACAUUAACUGAAGCUGAAUGUGCUGAUUUGAGACUGAAUAGAUCAGAAGAAGCAUUUCAAGAGCUUAACAAGAAGUCUGCUGCAUUGAAAAAGAUUUUAAGCAGGAUCCCUGAUGAAAUCACUGACAGGAAGACUUUUCUUGAAACCAUCAAAGAAAUAGCAUCAGCUAUUAAAAAACUACUGGAUGCAGUAAACGAGGUAUCCACAUAUACACCUGGUCAAGGAAAGCAGGCUCUAGAGCAAAGAAAAAGAGAAUUUGUGAAGUAUUCCAAAAGAUUUUCUAACACUUUAAAGGAAUAUUUUAAAGAAGGACAGGCUAAUGCAGUAUUUGUGAGUGCACUUUAUUUAAUUUACCAAACAAAUCAAAUCUUGUACACUGUAAAAAAUAAGUCAGAGUGAAACAUUUGAUUAAUAUACAAAUGAUUAAAUAUGUAUACAAUAGUAAUUAAACAAAUAUUUGUUUUCGUAUUCUUAAUUGAAAUAACCAUAAAUAAAUGUUAUAUAAUAGUAAAAUCUAAUUUGUAAGUAUUUGUUUAAACACUAAAUAUAAAAAUAAGACGUCAAUAUUAUGUGUAACAAAAACAUUUUGUUAGAUAUGGAACUUUAUUUUAAAAAUUAGAAAUUAAGUAAGUUUGACAAUUUGUAAUCAACAUAAUACAGAACAUUUUAGAGUUGUUAUAAAUACAGUAAAAAAAUAUAUAAAAAUAUUUUUGCACUUUUAAUUUAUAGUCUAUUUUGAGUAGGUCAGUUUGAAUACCUUAAUUAUAUUAUGAAUACAGAAUAUUCUAAAAACAUACAAGCUUUUGUUACUAC